AGGUUAUAUUUUUAGCAAUUUUAUACAUUGAGAUUUCAUACAUUUUAUCGUUUAUUUUCCCAAAAACUGUGACAUACGUAACAUAAAUAUGAAAGCAACUAAGGCGAAUGUUUAAAAUUACAACCACCUAGAUUUUCUGGAUAGAUGUCAAAAAUAAAGCGAAUCAUUCAAAUUAAGAGUAUUUGCAUAAUGUUCACACAAAAUGUAUGAAGAUGAUAAUAUAACUUCUACUCCUAAACGUUGCGCGCUGAGUGAAGUCACUAAUUCUUCGAAUUAUGUUUCUCCAACGGCGAACUUAAAACUUCUGACUAAUGUGGCUUUACAAUAUCCCACGCCGCCACCAAGUACAGUUCACCGGAAGGAAAAGUCCCUGCAGAUAUUAUGUGACAAAUUUUUAGAUCUUUUUCCACUUUAUGGAAAUGGUCCUGUAGAACUGCAACUAGAUGGCACUGCCGCUCGUUUAGGUGUAGAAAAACGGCGCAUGUAUGACAUUAUUAAUAUAUUGGAAGCUAUGCAAUGUGCAAUACACAAAAGAAAGAAUACUUAUCUUUGGCAUGGAGCAUCAAGAUUACAUUCUUUUUUAAAGAUGUUAAAAAAGCAAGGAGAAAAUUUAAGACUGUCUGAAGUGCUUCGAGGAAAGGCUCCCAAGCCACCGGCACCAAAACAUAAGACUCUGGGUGUCUUAGCUCAAAGAUUCCUCAUGCUCUUCUUGGUAGAGCCACCUAAUAGACUGAUUAAUUUAGAAAUGGCUGUAAGUGUUCUCAUAGACACAAAUUCAAAAAAUAAGUCUAUUAUAUCCCCUGAGCAAAUGGAUCGACAACAUAAGUCCAAAGUAAGGAGACUCUAUGAUAUUGCUAAUGUUCUUAUUUCAAUUGGUCUCAUAGAAAAAGUUAAUGGUAAUUCAAUAUUGAAAAAGCCUGUCUUCAGAUAUGUAGGGGUUAAAAUGAAAAAACUUGAGAAAAACUUACUUACCCCAUCUCCAAUUACUCCCAUCACUACCUUGCAUGGUUCUCAGCAGCUUGCUCCAUGUCAUGUGUUUGCUGGUAAGUCCAAAAGAAAGUUGGAAUUUACUACACCAACAACUAGUAUUGAAAAGCUUGGUAUAACAACACCUCCACACACCCCUUCCCAUAAAUGGGAUGAAAUUCUACUUGUUGCUGAUAUGGAAUUAAGUAGAAUCAAUAACUCAGUAACUUUGUAACAAGUUAUUGAUUAUUUCUAUUUUAGGGCUGUAAUUUUUGACAUUAUGUAUACUGAUAGAAAUAGACAUGCCACAAAAGCCUUUUGCAUUUAUAGAUAACUAAAAUCAAAUUAUAUGAAAUUUUUAAUUUUGGUGGGUUUUACCAUAUGCCAUAAAAUUAGAUAUAAUAAAAAAAUGGACUUUAGAUAAUAAAAUUGUAUGUUACAAAAAUGUUAACCCAAGUACUUGCCAGUGCAAUUGAUAGGUAGUUAUUGAAACAGUCAUCCUGUACUUCUCAUAAAAGUAUAACAGUUUAAUGGAUAUGCAUUUUAUAGAAAAAAUCUUAUUAUGUAGGAAUUUAAUUCAAUAUAUAAGAGAAGUUAUAAUACUUAAUUAUAUUUUAAAUUUACUUAAGAAAAUAUUAUGUAAAACUGACUUUCAUGUAGAUUGGUGUUCUAGUCUUCAUUAAUAUGAAUAAAUCACAAUAAUUCAUGAUUAAUGUUAUCCUGAACUUUUGCACUGUCUAUCUAUAAUUUUUAUAAAUAAAAAAUAUUUAAAUGUUGAAGAAAAUAGGUAAGAUAAUAUAUUUAUUGUAAAAUUUAUUGCAAAUGUCUUCCGCAGAGUAUAUUUAAGCAAUUGAGAAAGUAAUUGUUCCUAUUUAAUAAUUUUAUCAAAUUGUUAUCUCAAAAAGAUUUAUUUUUGUCACAACUAAAUAUUUUAAUAUUUAUAAACAGAAACAUACAUACAUUCAAAUAAAUUGACAAGCAUUGUAAAGGAACAAAUUGUUUUCCUGUUUUAUAUACUUGCAAAUGUUUCAAUACAAUACUGUAUAAAUUGUUAUAUAUUUAUUUAUGUUUGAAUGUAAUAGUCGGUAUGCAUUUCUAUCUGCCCGAAGUUUUACUACAAUUUGCAAUACUAUAUUGCAUAUUAGAAUAUAUAACAGAAGUUGACUGUGAAUCAUUAUUAGGCUAAUGAAGUGUUAGUAAAUAAUUAAAUUCAUUUAACAGUUACAGUAUAAUGACAUGUGAUUUACAAAAGACCAGGUAUUUUGUAUAAGCCUGCAUGAUUGUAUUGUUUGACAAUAAUAAUACUGAAACAU